UGCGCCCAAUCGUUCCUCCAAAAUCUCCGCCUCUUGCAUACAAUCUCCGCUUCCCCUCCGUCUCGCCUCUCGCCUCGUCAGUGUCCUCCCCGCUCCCACCCCCACCACAACACUCACUCGCAGUUGGUGAGCACUCGCGUCCAAACCAAGCAAACCCAAAACCCUAGCCCGCUGCCGGCCGCUCCCUCCCCUCUCUCUGACGCCGCGGCGGGGCCGAGCGGCAACCCUAGCCCUAGCCGCCGCCGCCGGCGGAGGAGGAGCGGGCGAAGAAGAUGCCGCGAGAGAUCAUCACGAUCCAGGUGGGGCAAUGCGGGAACCAGAUCGGGAUGGAGUUCUGGAAGCAGCUCUGCCUCGAGCACGGCAUCGGCAAGGACGGCCUCCUCGAGGACUUCGCCACCCAGGGUGGUGACAGGAAGGACGUCUUCUUUUACCAGGCUGAUGAUCAACACUACAUACCCAGGGCGCUUCUGGUGGAUCUGGAGCCGAGAGUGAUUAAUGGAAUACAAAACAGCGAGUACAGGAACCUGUACAACCAUGAGAAUGUAUUUGUCGCUGAGCAUGGUGGUGGUGCUGGAAACAACUGGGCUAGCGGGUAUCAUCAGGGUGAACAAGUAGUUGAUGAUAUCAUGGACAUGAUCGAUAGGGAAGCAGAUGGAAGUGAUAGUCUUGAGGGUUUUGUUCUUUGUCACUCUAUCGCUGGUGGAACUGGUUCAGGUAUGGGUUCUUAUCUGUUGGAGACACUAAAUGAUCGGUACAGCAAAAAGCUUGUGCAGACAUAUAGUGUUUUUCCAAAUCAGAUGGAAACAAGUGAUGUUGUCGUCCAACCUUACAACUCGCUUUUAACUCUGAAGCGGCUGACACUGAAUGCUGAUUGUGUGGUUGUUCUUGACAAUACGGCUCUUAAUAGGAUUGCCGUAGAGCGUCUUCAUUUAUCAAAUCCUACUUUUGCGCAAACAAACUCUUUGGUCUCCACGGUUAUGUCUGCUAGCACAACUACUUUGAGGUAUCCUGGAUAUAUGAACAAUGAUCUGGUUGGCCUUCUUGCCUCCUUGAUCCCUACUCCAAGGUGUCAUUUUCUAAUGACAGGUUAUACUCCAUUGACCGUUGAACGCCAGGUUAAUAUGAUACGCAAAACAACGGUGCUGGAUGUUAUGAGAAGACUUCUGCAGACAAAGAAUAUAAUGGUGUCAUCAUAUGCUCGAACAAAGGAAGCCAGCCAAGCUAAAUACAUUUCCAUACUUAACAUCAUUCAAGGAGAGGUCGACCCUACACAGGUCCAUGAGAGCCUGCAAAGGAUACGCGAAAGGAAGCUUGUUAAUUUCAUAGAUUGGGCACCUGCAAGCAUUCAGGUUGCCUUGUCAAGAAAAUCCCCAUACGUUCAAACAACUCACAGGGUUAGUGGUUUGAUGUUAGCGAAUCAUACUAGUAUCCGUCACUUGUUCAGCAAAUGCCUUGGACAAUAUGAAAAGCUAAGGAAAAAACAAGCUUUUCUUGACAACUACAGGAAGUUCCCGAUGUUUGCGGACAAUGACCUCUCCGAAUUUGAUGAAUCUCGAGAGAUAAUAGAGAGCCUAGUUGAUGAGUACAAGGCUUGUGAAUCACCAGACUACAUCAAAUGGGGAAUGGAGGACCCUGGAGAGGCAAACGUUGUGGCUGCACUUGACUCUAAGUUAGUGGUGUAAUUACCAAGGUGAUGUCUCAGUCUAGGUACCCAAAGAUGUAACUGUAGCUGUCUGGUAGUCAUCAGUUCGAUGCCGAUUGCUCAUCUCGAACCCAUUGGAGUGCUGUCGGAGUGGGUCAUGCAGUUAUUGGCAACCUCACAGUUUGCCCUUUUUUUGUUGUCUGUGUGCUAUGUACAUGUCGAAACCCACUUCCUCUGGUCGUCUUCUAGCUGCCAUCGUUGGUGGCGAUGCGUUCCAUGUUCUGUGACGCUGAUAGUUUCAGUAGUGCUCCCUAUUGUGCUUUCCUUUCCUUAAUGAUGACGGAGCUACUUUUAGUGAAUCUAGUUUCUAGGGCGUUCGCCCUGGCCCUCUUUGUAUCAAUUGACUCGAGGGGCUACUAGAUUAGAUUUGGUUUCUUGAAGGAGGUGAUGGUGGUGCAAUU